AUCUGUCCUUUCAAGUGGGGUGGCAAUCACCUUGCAUUUAUGCUUAUAAGCGAAACACAAGCCUUCCCCAUUACACUUCACCCAGUACAACUUGUAGCCUUGCAGCUGUUAUUAAUAAUUCUUUCUCUUUACCUUUCCCUCCAAAAUCAAGAUUCUUUUGCUGCUCAAAGCAAACCAGAAAGGUAAUAGCUAAGCUGUUGGUGGAGUUGUAGAUACUCUGAAGUCAAGCCUCAGCAAGAUAAGGAUCCAUUUUACUGAAUGUACACGAGCACCAAAGAUAUUUCAACUUCUGUAAGUCUUACAGACUAAGUUUAUAGGAGACAGUCCUGUGCAUCAAUACGCCAACAGCAAGCUUUGCUUCUGUAAGGAAUUUCUUUGGAAAAAAACAUUGGGAAAGAGUGCCCUCGAUUUUGCAUCAAUGAAUCCAAUAGCUGCUCCUGACCACAAAGAUGACUUCAAAUUGAAGGACACAAAGCCUCAGCUUGGGGAACGUUGGCCUCAUGGAGGACCACGCGGUGGAGGUGGGUGGAUUAGCAGUGAAAGAGCAACAAGCACGUAUGAUCUUGUGGAGCAGAUGUUUUAUCUGUAUGUCCGAGUUGUGAAAGCCAAAGAUCUUCCCACAAACCCAGUAACUGGAAGCCUCGACCCCUACAUAGAAGUUAAAGUUGGGAAUUAUAGAGGAAAAACACAGCAUUUUGAGAAGAAAACCAACCCUGAAUGGAACCAGGUUUUCGCAUUCUCAAAGGAGAAAAUUCAGUCUUCAGUGGUUGAAGUAUUCCUCAGAGAUAGAGAGAUGGUGUUGAGAGAUGAUUACGUAGGAAAGGUGGUCUUUGACAUGCAUGAAGUGCCUACAAGGGUUCCACCAGACAGCCCUUUGGCACCUCAGUGGUAUAGAUUAGAGGGUCGCAGUGGAGAUAGAAAGGUGAGAGGAGAGGUGAUGCUUGCAGUUUGGAUGGGUACACAGGCUGAUGAAGCUUUUCCAGAGUCCUGGCACUCAGAUGCUACUUCGGUUCAUGGGGAGGGUGUUUUCAAUAUCCGAUCAAAGGUUUAUGUUUCGCCAAAACUGUGGUAUCUCAGAGUUAAUGUGAUUGAAGCUCAGGAUGUAGAAUCGCUUGACAGAAGUCAAUUACCACAGGUUUUCGUGAAAGCUCAAGUUGGAAACCAGAUACUCAAAACCAAGCUAUGUCCAACCAGAACAACAAACCCUAUGUGGAAUGAAGAUCUGAUCUUUGUCGCAGCAGAGCCAUUUGAAGAGCAGUUGAUACUUACUGUCGAAAAUAAAGCAAGCCCUGCGAAAGAUGAAGUCAUGGGGAGAGCAAAUUUGCCGCUCCAUAUCUUCGAGAGGCGGUUGGAUCACCGGCCAGUUCACUCCAAGUGGUUCAACCUUGAAAAAUUUGGGUUUGGUGCUCUAGAGGGAGACAAGAGGCACGAGCUCAAAUUUUCAACCAGGAUUCAUCUCAGGGUUUGCCUCGAGGGUGCUUACCAUGUGCUUGAUGAAUCAACAAUGUACAUAAGUGACCAACGACCAACAGCUAGGCAGCUCUGGAAGCAGCCCAUUGGAAUCCUUGAAGUCGGCAUCCUGAGUGCGCAAGGGCUUCUGCCAAUGAAAACAAAGGAUGGCAGAGGAACUACUGAUGCUUAUUGUGUAGCCAAGUAUGGGCUGAAGUGGGUACGGACCAGAACGAUCAUUGAAAACUUCAAUCCUAAGUGGAAUGAGCAGUAUACAUGGGAGGUGUAUGACCCUUGCACGGUGAUCACCUUGGGAGUUUUUGACAACUGCCACUUGGGAGGAACUGAAAACCAGGCAACUGGUGGUGGAGCACGAAAUGACAUGAGAAUUGGAAAGGUAAGAAUUCGACUAUCUACCUUGGAAACAGACAGAAUAUACACACACUCCUAUCCACUUCUAGUCCUACAACCAUCUGGGCUGAAAAAGAUGGGAGAACUCCAGUUAGCAGUUCGAUUCACUUGCCUAUCACUAGCAAAUAUGAUUUACCUCUAUGGGCAACCCUUGUUGCCAAAAAUGCAUUAUUUGCAUCCUUUUACUGUAAAUCAGCUAGACAGUUUGAGAUAUCAGGCCAUGAAUAUUGUAGCAGUAAGGCUUGGCAGAGCUGAGCCACCACUAAGGAAAGAGACAGUGGAGUAUAUGUUGGAUGUGGAUUCUCACAUGUGGAGCAUGAGAAGGAGCAAAGCUAACUUCUUCCGAAUUGUCUCGCUGUUUUCUGGGGUGAUCUCAAUGAGCAAGUGGCUUGGUGAAGUGUGUAAAUGGAAGAAUCCGGUGACAACAGUCCUAGUUCACGUUUUAUUUUUCAUAUUGAUAUGCUACCCAGAACUGAUUCUACCAACUAUUUUCCUAUAUAUGUUUUUGAUUGGAUUAUGGAAUUACCGGUUCCGCGCAAGGCACCCUCCUCACAUGGAUACCAAGCUUUCGUGGGCAGAAGCUGUUCAUCCAGAUGAACUGGAUGAAGAGUUUGACACAUUUCCCACAUCAAAGCAACAGGACGUAGUGCGAAUGAGGUACGACAGACUUAGAAGUGUUGCAGGAAGGAUCCAGACUGUGGUGGGAGACAUGGCAACACAAGGGGAACGUUUUCAAGCUCUGCUCAGCUGGAGAGACCCAAGAGCAACCAGCCUCUACAUAAUUUUCUGCCUUAUUGCAGCCGUCGUGCUCUACAUAACACCUUUUAAAAUAAUUACCUUGGGUACAGGCUUAUUCUGGCUGCGACAUCCAAGGUUUCGAAGCAAGCAACCAUCAGUUCCCAGCAAUUUCUUCAGGAGAUUGCCAUCACGAGCUGAUAGCAUGCUUUGAACAAAAAGAAAGGGCUCGUCUCAUGUUCUGUUUUCAAGUUUCAGUUAUGUUUGUUGACAACGUUUCCUAAUAGAAGUUUAUGGGAUUUUCUGGUAUCUCUCAUUUUUCUUCUUCCUGCUAGAAUCCUAACCUAUGUUUUGCUUCCAAGAAAAUUAUGUAAUAAAGCAGUUUCGGUUUGAAUUAAACAGGUGAUACAAACAUAAAAUUGAUUAGAUUUGCCAUUGCAUAGGGCAGACAUACCAUAACUAUGCUCUAGAUGCAGAAUGUUAUUUCAUAAAAGCAAUCCCAAGUUAAUUACUUGAUUCAACAAAUUCAAUAACAACUCUGAAUAAAACUCUAGAGGAACCUGAAAAAACAAUAAACAAGUAGACUGGGCCAUAAACGAUGCUGAUGGAAAACCAAACUACCAAAGACUGUUAACAUGCAAAAUCUUGGAUUCUUUGCCAUAACUAUCACAGAUCAUACAGCCAAUGGUAAUCAAAAUCUUGAAGAAAAAAA